AUGUCUUUCCCUAAAGCCGUACCCGAUUGGAACAACCUCAAAGUGAUCCAUAAGAACACUCUUCCCCCACGGGCGCACUUCUACAGCUAUGCUUCAGAGGAAUUAGCCCUCACCUUCAACCGCGACAACAGCGAGUAUAUUUCCCUCAAUGGCACUUGGAAGUUCCGACACGAUGCUUCUCCUUUCGAGGCACCUGAGUGGUCCACUGCCAAUCCCUUGAGCUGGGACGACAUCAAAGUCCCAGGAAUGUGGCAGCUCCAAGGUUACUCCCACCCAACCUACACCAACGUCAACUAUCCAUUCCACGUCAAUCCUCCUCAAGUGCCACUCCUCAAUGAGACUGGAUCUUACUGGAGGCAGUUUGUAACUCCUUCCACGUGGGAAGGACAACAGAUUCGCAUCCGCUUCGAAGGUGUUGAUAGUGCGUUUCAUCUCUGGAUCAACGGAGAAGAGGUUGGGUACUCGCAGGGUUCACGCAACCCCAGUGAGUUUGACAUCACCUUCCUUCUCAAGCCAUCCGGGUCUGUGAACACCAUCGCGGUGCGGGUGUACGAGUUCUGUGAUGGUUCGUAUAUCGAGCGGCAAGAUCAGUGGCUUCUGAGUGGCAUCUUCCGAGAUGUUGCGUUGCUGGCCUUCCCGCUGCACUCGGUGGGUGACUUCAACGCUGUUCCAACACUUAGCGAAGAUUUAUCUACAGGCCAGCUGGUCACUAAUCUUAAGAUACAAGGAGAAGGCGCCGAUGUCCAGGCCAGGUUAUAUCGACCAGAUGGCACGUUACUUAAAGAAUUGAGAUUCUCUUCUAAAGAAUCUGGUCGUAUCGAUGUAUCUGGUGAUGAUUUAAAGCUGUGGUCUGCCGAAGAUCCGGUUCUUUAUACCUUGACUCUCUCCUUCAAUGGCCGUACUAUUCCCCAGCGCAUUGGAUUCCGGCGCAUCGAGCAAAAAGGAGCAAACUUCUUGGUCAACGGCAAGCCAAUAAUUUUAUACGGCAUGAACCGCCAUGAACAUCACCACCUCCACGGCCGCGCCGUCCCGUAUGAAAAUAUGCGUGCGGACCUCAUUCUGAUGAAGAAGCACAACAUCAACGCUCUGCGAUGUUGUCAUCAACCCAAUGAUCCCAGACUUUAUGAAGUGUGUGAUGAACUUGGUCUUUACGUCAUGGCCGAGGCCGAUCUUGAGGCUCACGGCUUUGACCCGGUGGAGCGCUCCAAUAUUCCCAACCAGCACCUGAUGACCGAACACGAAAUUCAGGAGACCUCAUACAAGAUGGCUACCAAGUGGACGUCGGACAAUCCAGAAUGGAAGGACGCUUAUCUUGAUCGUGCUGUUGAGCUUGUUGAGCGCUUCAAGAACUUCUCUUGUAUUAUUAUGUGGUCCCUUGGAAACGAGGCUUUCUACGGUCAAAACCACGCGACCAUGUACAAGUGGAUUAAGGAAGCUGAUCCAACCCGUCUCGUCCACUACGAAGGUGAUCGGGAGGCUAUCAGCGCUGAUUUGUAUUCCACCAUGUACUGGAGUAUCGACGAUCUCAAGAAACACAUCAAGGAGAAGCCGGAUAGACCUCUGAUUCAGUGCGAGUACGCACACGCCAUGGGCAACGGACCGGGUGGAUUGAAAGAAUACAUCGAGACAUAUCGGAAUGAAAAGCUGCUCCAAGGCGGCUUCAUCUGGGAGUGGUGUAACCAUGGCCUUCUCAAGAGAGACGGUGACACUUCGUAUUAUGCAUACGGCGGCGACUUCGGCGACGAGCCCAAUGACGCAGACUUCAUCCUUGACGGAAUGGUGUUCUCGGACCACACACCCAGCCCGGGGCUAGCGGAAUACAAAAAGGCAAUUGAGCCAGUCACGGUGAUACUCAAGGGACGCUCCCUUGAAGUAGCAAACCACUACGAUUUCAAUACCCUCGACCACCUGUCCAUAUCUUGGCACGUUGUUACAGACUCGGGAAACAGUGAGCCAACACCAUGGCAGAUACCCGAAAUCCAACCCGGAGAAUCCAAGAUGCUCGAUCUCCCCGAGGGCGUGGUAUUGGGCUCUAAUCCCAGCUGGCUCACCAUCAACUUCCGUCUCAAGGUGGACAAAUCCUGGGCACCCCAGGGACACGAGGUUGCUUGGGCACAGAUUCCAUUGUUCGAUGACCAGAAACUCGCAAUCCAUUCAACCAUAACGUCACUACAAUCAAAACUGUCCGUUCAGGAGGGACCCGGCCGGCUAUAUAUCAACUCAAAUAGCUUUGGCUCCCACUUCACCUACGACCUGAUCAGAGGCGAUCUAUCAUGGUCCACAGAGGCUGGCAAAAUCUUCAACAGCGGACCUCAACUGGGCAUAUACCGAGCCCUUACACAGAACGACCUCGGAUCGGCGGGGCCUAGUCCCGAGUGGGAUCGCUUCCGCGUGAAAAGCAGUCGGAUGCUCGUCGAAUCUGCCAAGUGGCAUGUCAACGAGGAUAACGGAAGCGUGCUAAUCGCAACUAAAGUCCGCGUUGCACCGACUGUCCUGGAAUGGGCAUUUGAGGCUACUCUCACUUACACUAUUACGGAGACAUCCGUCAGUCUGCAUGUUAAGGGCGACUUCACAGGAACAUACCCAAAGUAUAUCCCAAGAAUCGGUCUCACACUUCGUCUUCCGCGACAAUAUGACGCUGCCACGUGGUUUGGUAGAGGUCCCGGAGAAUCGUACCGUGACACGAGAUCAGCUGCACGGUUCGGAAAAUACACUGCUUCCAUUGAGAGCGGUCUGGAGACACCAUAUGAGUGGCCCCAGGAGAACGGUAAUCGCAUCGAUACCCGCUGGGUGAAUGUUCACUCCUCGCCUCCGGAUACUUCUUAUGCUGCCUCUGCUGGAGCGAUUGCACCAAUUCCAGAGAUCCAGGCGUAUAUGGAUACACCGUUCAGUUUCUCUCUUCGCAAGUAUGCGACGGCGGAGCUUGACCGCGCGAAACAUCCACAUGAGCUUUCCGAGCUGGAUAAUGAGACUGAGCUCAAUAUUGACUAUGCGCAUCAUGGAAUUGGUACCGCGAGCUGUGGGCCUGGUGCCUUUGAGGGUCAUAGACUUGAGGCUGGGGCGUUUGAGUUUACUACGACCUUUGGUAUCGUUGGUGAUAAAAAGGUCUGA